AUGUCGAUAAUACGUAGAUCACCCCCAGGAAGUAAAGUGCAUCAAGUGUCGUCGGAGAGUAAUAUUUCAAACAUUGAACCUGAAAAUCCACUGAAUUAUGUAGGGAGGAGACAGAAAAGACCCAGAAAUGAAGAUCAAAGGAAAGGUAUUGAUGAUUCCCUCAAAGAUGAACUAUUAUCCAUGCUCACCAAUUGGAAGAAGGAUCAAGAUCUUAUUUUGAGUAAAUUGUGUUCAGAUAUUGCCGAACUUAAGCAACAAAAUGCCAACAUUCAGUCAACUAAUAUUGAAAUGGAAAGGGCGUUAACGUUCAUAUCCACACAGUAUGAAGAUAUGAACACUAAAAUUAUCAAUUUAGACCGUGAACGAAAGGAAAAUCAUAAUUAUAUAUUGAGUCUGGAAAAUAGAUUAGAAGACGUGCAAAAAAAGCUUAAGUCCACAGUCAUCGAGUUCCGUAAUUUACCUACUCCAGCACAAAACAUAAAGCAAGAGACACAACAAGACUUAUGUGAUCUGGUUCAAAAGAUUUGCGAUGUUUUAAAUGUUAAUUUUCACCCAUCCGAGAUAAAAGAUAUCUGCCGAAUUAAAAUCAAAGCCGGAGACAUUAACGACGAGUUUCAUUCUACAAAUACUUUAGAUUAUCUUGAUCUACUUGUUCAUCAUGGACUUCUUCCUGGUCACAACUUCCCAACUCAUGGUACUACCAGUCUUGAUCACGUUAAUUUAAAAACUGCUUUUUCCGCUAAAGGUUUUAGUUCUGGAAACUACUGUUACAGACCACUUUGCCGUUAUGUUCACCCUCUCAAAAAUUAA